AUGAGCAUGUCCGGCAACCGCUCUCUCCCGAACGACUUCGCAGAGAUCUAUACUCAAAUAUGCGAAGCUUUCACGCACAAAAUGCAAUGCCAGGUCUUUGCCUUGCUGAGCCCGUCCCCGAGCCCCGAUUUCAAGGAUCUCCGCGAGCGACUCAGCGAGAUGGCGGAGAAGGUCCAGCAGAUUGGGUAUUUGGGGGAGGUUGGCGAGUUCCCGGUGCGGGAUCAUAAAAUGGUUGUUAAACGGUGGGGGAUGCGCGGUGUUAAGGAGAUUUGUGGAUUUAUUGGGCUGGAUCUGCUGCAUAUUCAGCAGGGUCUGGAUGAGGAGUGGCCGCAUGUUACUGCUGAUCGGCUUGUGGCGCUUUUGGAUGCUUUGCCUUUUUAG